UGGACUCACACUGCGUGAUACGACGCUCCAUUACUAAAGGGAAAGGCAAUUCGGUCCCUCGCAGGACAUUACUGCUGACAGUGAUCUUCCCCUGGUGGAGGACAUCAUCAAGCGUAGCAACAGUAGUGUUCGCUUUUCGUCUGCUGCAAUGUUAUUGCCCUGUUGAUGUUGGUAGUUCGUGGUCAGUCGCUGAGGGUAGUAGAAACCAGGUGAUUGUGCUGGAGGCAGUGAACAGCGCUCCGUUUUGUCGUGCGGUUUUUCCUGUGCAAGUUGCUUGUGGCUCUGUACUGUGUUGUUGCGGCUUAGCGGCUUUUUUCAACGUGAUCAUCGUCCUGCCAAUUGCCCAGUGGCGUAAUCCGAAAUGCACGACUAGUGGAGUAGCGCUCGAUUAGGCCCCCUAGACUAUAUCUGACAUCCUCCAUACAUCCACAUAAUUACCUAAACAAGGGGAUCUGGUCCGAGUGCUGUGCCGUCAUUCCAAGUCAAAAAUGCAAGGCAAAUCUGUGAGAUUUGGUUUUGCCUUCUUUCUGCUGAAACAACACAGGUGUUUCAUCAGAGGGUAAACUAACGCAGCAGGCGUCUUACCUUAAUCUAGCAGUGUUAUCUUCGCAUCGUUUGGUGUGCCGUUGCUUGAAGUCUUUGUAACGGUUGCCGCUGAUCCACUCGAUCAACACCACUAGUGGAUGUCGAAUUCUAUAAGUGAUAUUGGAGGAACGCUGGGCAAUGAACUGAAUAAACCACGGGUACUAAGUCGGAAAAUCGGGUGCCCUGAAUAUGUUAUUGGAAUUGUCUAUGGUGCAACUGUGUGCCGCAAAAUCCAAGUAUGCUGUUCUUAAAGCAAAAACGGCUCAUACAUCGCAACAUUUCUGCAUGAUAUAUUUUCCCGAAUUCAAAAAGCUGCCAUCUUCAGCAGAGUCUGCGGUUCCCAUCGGCCUAGUCAACGCUACAACGUACGAUAGCUGUAACGAGUUGCCUGUGAAUUUCAAACGAGAAGCUGCAUUGACUCGGUCGACGAAUGUUUGCCCUGUUGAACGAACCAUUGUUCACUUUAAAAAAGCAAACGCUACUGCGCUUAUUAUGGCCUCCAACAAGGUCAAAUUUGAGCCAAUUAAGGUUGAGGUCAAUGAGACCCGUGAGCUCGACAUCGUCGUUGGCUAUGUCUCCGAAAACACGGCCAGCGCCCUCAUCAACCUUCUAUCAUUACCUGGUGGCGCCGUAGAGGUGUGGAUGUUCGCUUGUUCCGAAUCACCAUUAGACUACUCGCUUGUAGUUAUUUGGUUUAUUGCGGUAUUCACCGUGGCUGUUGGAGCGUUCUGGAGCGGACGCGUUCGCCUUGAGCUUUUCAUUCUUGAACAACAACAACGCGGACCAGACUGCCGGUUUCUCAAUAACGGAAACGGCACAUCGACGAACGGAUUUCAAGAGAAUAAGAUCUCACAAAGCGGCUCACUUCAGGGUUAUUCAGUCGACAAUGGGGCAAUGCUGGCUGGUGGCGUUCAGGAGGAGAGUUCACUCGACGUUUCCCCUUUGCUCGUAUCUCUGUUCGUUGUCUGCAUGGGUGCCAUGCUUAUCCUUUUAUAUUUCUUCUUUCAGUACCUCGUCUACUUUAUUAUUGGCAUGUUCGCAAUUGCAUCGGUGACUUCACUAAUCGGCGUUCUGGAGCCCGUCAUAAAUCGCAUUCCUAUAGGAACUACCAAAAUCCCCCGUCGUCUCCUGCCAUGUUUUUACGGGUCAUUGCAAAUACGCCAUGUGUUUCUUAUCGUCUUUGCCAUUGCUCUAACAGCUGCAUGGCUUCUCUUGAGACAUAAACCGUGGUCCUGGGCACUGCAGGAUCUCCUCGGUGUGGCGUUUUCGUUAAACAUGCUACGCACAUUGCGGCUGCCAAAUCUUCUGAUCUGCUCGGUUCUUCUAGUACUGCUCUUCUUCUAUGAUAUCUUUUUCGUGUUCGUAACGCCUUUCUUAACUAUGAAGGGCGAGUCGGUAAUGGUCGAGGUGGCCAGGGGCGCGGCGGACACGCAGGAGCAAUUGCCUAUGGUACUUCGUGUGCCUCAUCUGGGAGCAGAUCCGCUCAAUGUCUGUUUCUCACAGUUUUCGCUUCUCGGCUUCGGGGAUAUCCUCGUACCUGGCCUUCUCGUGUCCUACUGCCACGCCUUUGACCUUCUCCACCACCGGCAGGAUCAGCAACGACCUCCCGCAACGUCCGGCUGUUGCUGUUGCUGCACCACCUCAUCUACUAGCAGACUCUACUAUAUCGUCUCUGUAGUCUUUUACGGGAUCGGGCUGAUGGUGACCUUUGUAGCACUAUAUUUGAUGGAAACCCCGCAGCCCGCGCUACUGUACCUCGUGCCAUGUACAUUGUUGCCAGUUGUCCUGGUGGCUGCGUGUCGCGGGGAGCUGCGAGCCAUGUGGCGGGGCAAUUUCGGGGGCCCAGCUGUUUCCCACAGUCAUGGACUUGCAAACGGUGGUGUCAUUGGCAGCACUUGUGCUGGACAACGACCCCCAAACCACUCAGCACUACCGCCGUAUGGAGCAACAGAAACUGACCCUGCGCCCAUCUAUCAGACAGAUUCAACGAUGAUUCACAAUUAAAGUCAAAAGGAUUCACUUGUUACAAAAACACACGAAACAAGGUUUAAAAGGCGAGUAUGGGCCAUUGGGCAGGCAGCUGCAGUGAUCACUGUCAUCAAGGCUCCUUCAUCUGACAACGGGCCAGUAACUGAUCUGAUAUGAAUGAAUGGUACGAUCCUCAUCAAAUCGAAGAAAUUCGAGCCUUCCCUUCUCCCUUUGAGCUUCAUUACCAUAAUUAUCACCAUCACCACUACUAACACGACAGGCGAAGCUCAGUAGUUUGAGUAUACGAGCGUAGAUGCUGUGUAUGAUCUUACUUGUACGGCAAUAACCGUUAAUUGCCGUUGUGUCGGCUCGGGUCGAGCUGUCCGAUGAAUUAAUGCUGGAAAGUCGUAUCCAGACAUUAAAAGGGAAUUGAGUGCUACGGUUACCGCUGUAGGUACGAACAAAAUGCAACAGUUUUCAUUUUAAAAUGCAUUACUGUAGAAGUCUUGAUUUCCUAGAUAUACAAUUUACAUCUAAUAGUCUCAAAGAUUGAUUCUACUGCCAUUUAUUUCUUAUAUCUAGCUUUCAAACUGACGAUGAUAACAGCUUGCGUUUGCUGACUAAAUUGCGUAAACAAGAAUAUGAGUACACGAAUAUUCAUGUGAUUUCUGAAUAACGACGUCGUCUGAAAAUAUCUUUGCACCACGACAAUAUCUGAUUUAGACCUUCAAUACUUGUUUAUAAUGUGCUAUACGUUAUGUGAAAUAGGUGCAAUUUUUCCAACAUUGAAGGUUUUGUUUAAAACAGAGCUCAUUUUACACCAGCCAAGCUUAAUCCAAAUAUAUUUCAUAUUUGUAUUACUCGAAUAGUCUACAAUCGCUCUAAGCGAUUUUCAACACACUCGCGACAGGUCUAUGAGGUCUGCAGUCUGAACCAAUCAGUAGAAUUAUUAUUAUACACUGUGAAUGAACUGGGCGUGACUUUGUAUUUAAGGACAGAUAUCUGUGUAGACAAAUCAUGUCUAUAAAUUUACUCUAGGAUUUGCAUAAAACUCUAUUCAUUAUUCUUUUAGAAAUCAUAAACACUUUAGACGAUUAAAUUUAAUGGAUUGUAUCUCGUAUUUCAGUCAGUAGUUCGUGUCAUUCUGCACAAUUUAACUCUUGUCGCCGAUCGUUUCAAAGCCAAUGCCCUGCUGCUGUCGAGGAGAAGCGAAUGAUACAUAACACUGAGUGCCGCAGUAGUUAUUAUGUUGGGUACAAUUCAUAUUUGAAGACAUAAUUUUUAUGACUUUAUUAUUAGAACCUCAUUUUGACACUAAGUACUGAACGCUGGCGGAAAAUGUGUUGCCCCCUGUUUUUUAAAAUAACAUAACAUGUGUUUAAACUCGUAUAGUGACAUACAAAAUUAUGAUCAAAAACCUCACGUGAAUGUAUUAGUUUGAAUACAACGGGUGUGCUAUGUUUUGCUCAGGCGAAAAAUUAAACUUCGUUUGUUUUAAUUUAACUAUGCGAUGCAUCUUUUUGAGGCUUUUCAAAAUCCUAAAAGUUUCGAAAUUUUGACAAUUUAAUCUGGGCAAGUUAAACAGAUAACUGAAGAUGAAGUUAAAUGUCUUGGUCCUUACUGAUUUUAUAUAUGAAGAAUUGGCUAUGAUUGCAGUCAGCGUUAGUCUGUAUGUUUUUUUCACUGUUUUGUUCAUACUAAUGACGGUAGUUAUUUAAAAAAAACGUGAUUUUUGGAAAAAUAUCGACAUGAAUAUGUAGUUAUUAUGUCAAAUGUGGGGUUAGGGAAGGUUGGAUUAGGCGUAAUGAUUAAGCAAAUGUGCUUUUUAGGAAUGCAGCUUUUCCGAUAAGACAUCCAUUGACCAUAAAUUUGUAAAAAAGUAUUGGACACCAGGGAUUGACUACCCCUGUACAUACUGAUGCGUAAAUAUUUAGCCGAAUAGAGUAACAUUUUGAAAGAGCUAUUGUCUCGAUGACAGAGUGGAGCAAGUGAACAGUUAUAUAUAGUUUGCAAAUCUAUAUUAUUCAGACGCAUGAAAUGACAGAAACGAAUACAUACAGACACUCAGUACACUCAUUUUACGAUGAAAAGCAUGAUGACGGUCUGUUUGAAUGUGAUGCAAUGAGUUUUACGCGAUCCUUUCAUACCUCCAUUACAAAGUUGUCAUUUUCGCCUCGUUGACCCUUGAUUUUCCAUCACGUGACAUACGCCAUCGUCACCGUCCGUGAUUGCAUGCAUAAUCACAAUGUUAAUAAUUAUAGCCACGCCAUCUAUAUAUAUGAACCAACUUCUCACCUGAAUCUUUUCAAAUUGUUUAUUGAAAUGAGAAUAACGUAAAUAAAACGACAAAAAGCAUGUCUCUUUUAUUUUUGAAAAGAAAGUAAAAUGUUUGACUUCAAGAUCCACUGUUCUUGUUAAUACUAGUUAUCAGCAUGGUGAUGUUAGAGAUAACGUGAACAAACUAAUUAUAAAAACUUUAAUCACAGUAGUUGUGAUCGCUAUGCUGUUCUUGCAAAACACGGUGUCAUAUAAAUGUGACUAAAGAUCUAAUUAAAAAUAUAUGUCGAUAUGUUAAAAAUAUGUCGAGCAAGUAUGCUCGUUUAAUAAGGGUUCCUACAGUUAAGUACAGUAAGGGUUUAAUACGGGUUAGUACAGCGAGUAAGAGGAGCGGAGAAAAGUAAAUUAAAGUAGAUGGAAUACUUCAGCAAUCAUAAAUACAGUUUUUAUUAUUAUGCGUGUCGUUAUUGUUACUGAAGGGGUGUACAGGGAAGGAUAUGCAAAUUUGACUCUAUGAACGUCAACGUACCAAAAAACUACUUACCACCUGCUAAUUAAAUGGACUGAAAACAAUGAUGGAAAUGAAAACGUACAUUUGGGGUGAUAAAGUAGAUGCUGGUGAUAGAAACAAAGUGUUUGGUUGAAACAGUGAGGAAAAAAUUGCAGGGAACGUUGGCCGACGCCUCGGCCGCCCUGUCCAUUUUCAAUGUAGUUCUACAUAGAAACCGAUUUGUUUCUUCUGUAUAAUACAUUCACAUCACUACAAUGAUAAGUAAAAAUGCCAUCACAACAACUGUCAUAUAUAUAUA